AUGUCUUGCUCUGGAGCCGGCGAUGAGGGUGGCGGUAUCCGCGUCCGGCGGGACACCCAAGUCACCGUUGAAGCUUGCCGCAACUCCAUCGAACGCCGAAGAAAUCCGCCGGUCACAACCACUAUCAGAUCAGGAUUAGGAGGGCAGACCGCUUCAUGGCAGCAGCGCAGUCGUGCCAAGUCGUUGGCAGGUGGCUCUAGAUUGCCCAAUACCGUCAGGGACAAGCUUCGCUCCGACGCGCUCAGUCGAAUGAGAGUGAAAAGGAGAGAGAGGGACAUAACAGAAGAGCUUAUUGACUUUUUCCGCAAGACUUCACCUCCGCCGGGAAGCCAAAUGUCGAGGCUUACCACUGUCGACGAGACGCACGAGAAGAAGAGCAAGCGGCUUGCUUUUUGGCCCUUUCGAAAGAAGAGAAGACAUACCAGCUCCAAGUGGACUCCGGGGCUUAUCAAGUUGCCGGACUCGGCGGUGGCUGGAACGACGAUUGGGGGACAUCGCUACAUUGCAAUAUCCAUUCCCGUCGAAUACGCUCACUUGUCGCCCGCGCCACGCAGUCCAGCGAGUCCUCAAACGGAACGGACGAGUAAUCCCUUCGAUGAACGACAAGCUCAAGCUGGUCUUGAUGCCCCUGAGCGCCAGGAUUGGGAUGGAAAAGACCAGGCCACUUCGAUCAGGGACGACACUCGGCUUCUGCCUUACCAAUACAGCAACGGGGCUACUCGGCAGGAGACAGCCGGACCACCACAAGCACGAUUCGGACACGUCUCGGUCGGUGCUCACAACACGACUCCGAAGCCUCUUCCUGAGCUGACAGCACUGCCACAAGGCUCGAGCGGUGUCCCUGUGGAAGUAAGGAAUGGGAUUUCUGACGGGAGCCGGCAUUUACGCCACAAGCCUGUUAUCCAGCGCGUAUCAGCCCAUGAUGUCAGGUUGCCAGACGCCCAGGACGCUAGACCAACGGACUGGAAACCUCUCAACGAGCAACCGUCCAUCGUCGAGAGCUCCCACACCACCGGCAGUGAGCUGAUCUGUUCCGAUGCCGAAACGGUUCACAUUCCUACUCCCCGAUCGACAGCCGAGGCCUCUGUGGGCUCCGACGAGAGCCGGAGCUACCACACCGCUGUGUCUACCCAGUCGCCCCUGGUCGAUUCCGGCCGGGAUUCAACAGAGGGAGGCGCCCUGAGCAUGAAAAGCUCAGCGGCGUCCGACCUCUCAGCGCUUUACGACCCAAGUACGUCUUGGACAUCGAGCCUCUCCGAGUUCGCUUUGCCGCACCCAAUCCUCUUCUCGCACGACUUCCAUCAACCCCAUGCACUGUCAGCCAUCACCUCAGUAGAAUCACCCUCACCGACAACAUCACGAGAUACUCGGACCUCUAGCACCGCACCGGUAGUGGCCGUUGACCGACCGUCGCCAUCAAGCCGGACAUCUUUCCAGCCUCUUGGUGGGACAUCGACCCCCAAGAGUUUGCUCAUGGACGACCCACCCCCAGACCAUACCGAAACACACCGCCGACACAUCCACAGCAUCCCAGAGAUGCUUGGCGUGCUCCCGCGCCCCGGAAAGUCUCCCCUGCCUGGGUUCCAUCCCCAGCCCUCCUUCACCAAAGCCUGGGAAACACCACCCCGGACUCUGACCCCAAUCGCCCCAACCGCCAGCAGCAGUCCCGCCACCAAGUUCACCACAAACCCCUACCCAAGCCCCACCUUCCACCCCCCGCUACGACCACCACCACGAACCAGAACACCUCCGCGACGCACCGAUUCCCACCGAUACCUCCUCCACCGCUACGAAGUCCUGUCCCAGACCCGCGCGCGCGAGCUCGAGAGCAUGCUAGAUCGCCUCGAAAAGCUGGAGCACGCCCACGAGCGCUGGAUGAAGGCUUUGGCGCCUGUUUUGGAGCGCGCUACCUCGCGCCGGAUUGCGCUGGGGAGCAGGGGUGAUGGUAUCUGCAAUGGUAUGGGUAACGGUAAUAUCGACAGCGGAGCGUCGUCUGGUGCGAGUCUGCGAUUACGUCUGCAUGAGCGGUCGCUGCGGAGGAAGUGGAGGAGUCAUUGUGGAGGAGAGGGUAGUUUUGACUCGGGUGUCUACAGCGGCGGCGGCGGUACUAAGAACGACAAGGAUGACGACAACGACGGCGGUGGUGGGGAUGGUGUUGUGGGAAGAGUUUCUGCGGCUCGUGAUGAGAUGCGGAUUGUUUCUUCAGGUCCCACGCGGUUCGACUCGUUGGAGACUGCGCGGAAGAUGCGGUCUCAUUAUUGCCCCUCGAGUGAUGAAAGACUCGACGGGCUCGGUGAGGGGGCUUGCGAUGGCCAAGUCAAUGUCAACGAUCAGUCUAGGCUUCGGAGCGAGCCUGGUUCUGCCACUUGGUCUGUUUCGGCCUCUGGGGAGCUGGUCAUGAACAGCCGUGGGCGGAGACGACGACGACCAGAAAUGAUGGAUGGGUUGGAUAGUUUGCCAUGGCGCUCCAUGGAGAGUUUAGGGGAAGACCGGGGAAGUUGGAGGACGACGUUUGGUGGAAGGCAACCCGAGGCUUUUGCGAGGGAUCAGCAGCGGUGGCGACAGGGCGCGGGUAUUGAAAGCAUGGACGAUGAACAGAGAUCUCGACACAUUGGAGACCCCAAGGGACUUGACGAUCUUGAAUCCGUGAUGCGCGAUUUGGUUUUGGGCUCACGGGAUGGAUAUCAAUCUACUAGAGUGUGAACGUCCCAUCGAUGAUUGGGGACCCAGACUGAUUUCGGAUGCUCGAAAGCUGCAUUGAACAUCAAACUGGUUACCCAAGCGAUCAUCGUGUAUAGGACACUGGUACACAGAGAAAACAACAAGGAAUUCGUUGGGGUACACGUUACAGCUCUUGUGUCUGUUAGUGUCUUGGGGGUCUCGACUCGGAAGCCGCGAAGGUGCACAGUGCUGCCCGCUGACCCGGAUACACUCCCUAGCAU